GAUUUCUGCUCAUGCGCUCUUUCUAUCAUACGGGCACUUCAGCCUUCGCGCGAAAUGGUUUGUCGGACGUAAACACUUCAAAUUUGAUGUGAAAGUUAUAGGAUGCAGCUUCGGCACAGAGGGGGGCGUCACAGGUUACGGCGGCGCUCUGGAGACAAGAUACAAAAAUCAGUAGUCCACAGGAAUGAGAAACAAGGAACUGUGCAAAUGGGUGUUUGUGAAGAACCAUGUAAGAAGACAAAGAAAGAUGCAGCGGUUGAGACUGUCAACUGUAAUGGUAUAGAUAGUAGUGUUGGUGGACAGGAGAAUGAACUGACAAAAGCUCCAUGUUACAUUAACAAUGACUUUAUCACAUCUACACCACAGAUCUCAAAAGGUCAUCAAAAGAAGAAACCGUUUACACAGAUGAAGGAAAAUAAAUUACCAGACAACAUGAUUUAUCCUUGUAAUGCUAGUCUCUUCUCAUCUCCUGCCUUCCAUGGGUACAGCUGUGACCAUGGCUACCAUUGUAAGUUUGCAGCAUGUACAGACGAGUGUCUAAACAAUAACAGUCAGCAUACAGACAGUGAAGACUCUGAUGGACAUUUUUUUAAUUACAGAUAUGCAUUUAUAAAGAGCCUGCCACCAUUAACUGACGAACUUAGAGCUCGAGUCCCAGCAUUACCACUGAAAACUAGAAGUUCACCAGAAUUUUCAUUAGUUCUAGAUUUGGAUGAGACUCUAGUACAUUGUAGUCUAACUGAAUUAGAGGAUGCAUCAUUUACAUUUCCUGUACUUUUUCAAGAUGUCACCUAUCAGGUAUUUGUAAGAACGCGGCCUUUCUUCCGAGAGUUUCUGGAACGUGUAUCCCAGGUUUUUGAAGUGAUCUUAUUUACAGCUUCAAAGAAAGUAUAUGCAGACAAACUACUUAAUCUACUUGAUCCGCAAAAAAAACUCAUAAAACAUCGGUUGUUCAGAGAACAUUGUGUUUGCGUAAAUGGGAACUACAUAAAAGAUUUAAGUAUCCUAGGACGUGAUUUAAGCAGGACCAUCAUUAUAGACAAUUCUCCACAAGCAUUUGGUUAUCAGUUACACAAUGGCAUACCUAUAGAAAGUUGGUUCGUAGAUAAAACAGACAGAGAACUCAUCAACAUGUUACCCUUUUUAGAAAGUCUUGUCUCAAUGAAUGAGGAUGUCAGACCACAUAUUCGGGAUAAAUAUAAACUACACAUGCUGUUGCCACCAUAGACACUGUCGCCGCCACAGACACUGUUGCCACCAUUGACGAUUCUACCUUGCCGGAUCAUUGUGGACAUGGAAAUAUGAUCACCAGACUCACCACCCACCUAACUUAGUGCAAUUUAGGAGCAGUGUGCCCUAGAUAUAACAUAUAUUCUGAUACUUUAUGUAAAGUUGAUUGGUAACAAAAUGUCUGAGAUUUUCCCAAAAAUAUCAUUGGAUAGCUGAUGAUAGUCUUGUAUAUAUUUUUGCAUGUUGGGCCUAACAACGUUAUAAGUUUUGAGUUAAGAAUGGACAUUGUUUUUUAUGGCUAAGUUUUUAUUGUUACAGGAUUAUUUGGAAAUUUUUAAAGAUUUUUAGCUGCAUAUGGGUGUAUAUGAUGUUUGUAUGUCUGUUGUCCAUAAUUUCUUUGAAGGACACCUCAUCCCCAACUGCAAAGCCUUUUACUGGCUUCACUGUUACAUAAAAAAUGGGAUAAUUUCUCCUUAUUUUUAGCAUACAUGAACUUUAUUCAGGACGAGCUGUUAGUAUAGGUAGAUGGUCCGGCUUCCAUCGUCUUGUGUCACCAUUUUAAGCCCAACUGUUUGAAAUGUUAUAAAUAGCAGAGCUUUUUAUAAUCACCCUUUUGUUAGCUUCUAUAUUGGCUGCCAUGUCACAAGUUUGGCAUGUAUGCAGGCUUUUCAGAAACUACUAGACUAUAUUUUUUCAAACUUUACACAUGUUUUCGGCAUCAUUAGAUGACCUUCCAGGACAAGUUACUUUCAAAACUGUUAGAAUUAUACCCCUUUUUAACUUAGAUUAUCAGAUUAAAGUUUAGCAUGCAAGAGGGUUUCCAGAAACUGUGUGGCCAAUUGCUUUCAAACUUGUCUUCGGCAUCAUAAGAUGACCUCACAGGACAAGUAACAUAAAAUCUAGCUUUUAUUUUGUCAAAUUUAUUGUCCCUUAACUCAGAAUUUCAGGUUAAAGUUUUGCAUUUAAGAAGGUUUCUCAGAAACUACUCGGCCAAAUGCUUUCAAACUUAACACAUCUUCCGAAUCAUGAGAUGACCUCUCAGGACAAGUAACUUAAAAUCUAGCUUUUAUUUUGUCAAAUUUAUUGUCCCUUAACUCAGAAUUUCAGGUUAAAGUUUUGCAUUUAAGAAGGUUUCUCAGAAACUACUCGGCCAAAUGCUUUCAAACUUAACACAUCUUCCGAAUCAUGAGAUGACUUCUCAGGACAAGUAACAUAAAUGUAGUUGUUAUUUUGUCAAGAUUAUGCCCAGUUUUUAUCUAGAACUUCAGGUAAAGGUUUUUCAUGUAAGCAUGGUGCUCAGAAACUACUAGGCCAUCUGCUUUUAAACUUCACACAUAUUUUCAGUAUCUUGAAAUCUCAAAGGGCAAGUUGCAUAACUGCAUCUUGUUUUAUUAAAAUUAUGCCCUUUUUAGCUUGACUAUUCGAAGAAUAGGGGAGCUGUCCUACUCGCCUCGGCGUGAGCGUGAGCGUCACACAAAUGUUAAAGUUUGCGUACCACCCCAAAUAUUUUCAAAGUCCAUUGAGAUAUUGCUUUGAUAUUUUGCAUACUUGUUAAACAUCAUGACCCCAGUCUGUAAAAAGGAGGCAACUCUAUCAAGCAUUUUGACUGAAUUAUGGCCCCUUUUCGACUUAGAAUAUGCUUAUUGUAAUGUAAAAGUUUUACGCAUAGCUUAUAUUAUACUAUCAAGCACUGAGAAUAGUCGAGCACGCUAUCCACUGACAGCUCUUGUUAAUUAAAAAACUUUGCUAAAGAUUUUCUGUGUAAGUUAGUGAUGGGUGGAAAGGCUUUAAAGGGUCGAGCAAGCUGUCAUUAGACCUUGACCCUAUUUCGGGACUGCCACAGCUAAAAAUGCAGCAAGUUGUAAUUGACUUCUCAUAAACCACUUGAUGAAUCUUUAUCAAACUUGGUCUGUAGCAUCAUUAUAAAGUCAACUCCAAAUUUUAUUCACUUUUUGGGGCUGCUAGAGCUUAGAAUAGAAAUACCUUCUAAUGACUUCUUCUGAACUGCAUGAUGAAUCUUUAUGAAACUUUGUCUUAUCUGGAGCAUCAUUAUGAGGUCCUCUCCCAUAUUUGUUUAAAUGGGGGUACUUGGCUCCUUUUUAGGGUUGCCAGUGCUAAAAAUAUAAAAACCUUUCAAUGACUUCUUCUCAAGUCAUCAUCAAACUUUCUCUGUAGAAUUAUUGUAAGCUACCCUCCCAAUUUGCUCAAAUGAAGGUAUUUAGCCCAUUUUUGGACAACAAGAUCUAAUAAUAGAAGUACUUUUAAACAACGUUCUGCAUGACUCUUCAUCAAAUUUGGCCUGUAGCAGUCUAAAAAAGUCCUCUGUUAAAUUUCUUUAAAUAGGGGCACUUGGCCCCUGUAAAGGGUACUAGGGCUAAAAGUUUGAAAGUAUUUUUAAAAUGUCUUUUUCCCUUGAAUUGCUUUUUAAAGCUUCUGUAAACUUUAUCUGUAGCAGCCUUGUUCCUCCCUCAAGUUUGAUUGGAUGGGUGGACUUGACCUAUUGAAUUAUCUUUUUAGCUCGACUAUUCAAAGAAUAGUCUAGCUAUACUACUCACCCUGGCGUCGGCGUCGGCGUCGGCGUCGGCGUCACACCUUGGUUAAGUUUUUGCAUGCAAGUACAUACAGCUAUCAUUUAAAGGCAUAUAGCUUUGAAACUUAUUUAUUCUUUUUCUAGGUCAAUUACCAACCUCACUGGGUCAAGUUCCAUAACUCUAACAUGUAUUUUGAGCAAAUUAUGCCUCCUUUUGGACUUAGAAAAUUUUGGUUAAAGUUUUACAUGCAAGUUACUAUCUCCAAAACUAAUGCAGAUAUUGAAUUGAAACUUUACAUGUGUCUUCAGGGUUAUAAAACUAGUUUAUAGCACCAAGUCCCAUAACUCUGACCUUCAUUUUGGCCAAAUUAUGCCCCCUUUUGGACUUAGAAAAUUCUGGUUAAAGUUUUGCGUGCAAGUACAUACAGCUAUUACUAAAAGGCAUAUAGAUUUGAAACUUAUUUUUUCUUUUUCUAGAUCAAUUACCUACCUCACUGGGUCAAGUGCCAUAACUCUGACAUGUAUUUUGGGCAAAUUAUGCCCCCUUUUGGACUUAGAAAAUCCUGGUUAAAGUUUAACAUGCAAGUUACUAUCUCCAAAACUAAUACAGAUAUUAAAUUGAAACUUCACAUGUGUCUUCGGGGUUAUAAAACUAGUUGAUAGAAUCAAGUCCCAUAACUCUGACAUGUAUUUUGGGCAAAUUAUGCCCCCUUUUGGACUUAGAAAAUUCUGGUUAAAGUUUUGCGUGCAAGUACAUACAGCUAUUACCAAAAGGCAUAUAGCUUUGAAUCUUAUUUAUUCCUUUUCUAGGUCAAUUACCAGCCUCACUAGGUCAAGUUCCAUAACUCUUAACAUGUAUUUUGAACAAAUUAUGCCCCCUUUUGGACUGAGAAAAUUCUGGUUAAAGUUUACAUGCAAGUUACUAUCUCCAAAACUAAUGCAGAUAUUGAAUUGAAACCUAACAUGUUUCUUUGUGGUUAUAAAACUAGUUAAUAGCAUCAAGUCCCAUAACUCUGAUAUGUAUUUUGGUCAAAUUAUGUCCCCUUUCGAACUUAAAACUCUUUUGAUAUUUAACCUUUUUAGGUAAUAUUUUCCUGCCUCUGGGACAAUAUUUCGAAUAGUCGAGCUUGGCUGUCUUAUGGACAGCUCUUGUUUAUUUAAAAGAAUUGGGCUUUGUCUGUCUGUCUGUCUGUUCAUCCAUCACACUGUCUCAUCUAUAGCUCUCUGCCAUCUGUGAAAGGAUUUUGAAAUAACUGCACAAAUGUUCCCCAUAAUGAGACAUGUGGUGUGCAAGACCCAGAUCCCUGGCACUGAGGUCACAAAGUAAAAGGUUAACAGCGUCUGUUUCAUGUGCGGACCAUCAUACUAAAUGGCUUCUUCCCAUAGGUUUCAUUGAUCAAACCUGAACUUGUGACUCUAACAAUUUAUACACCUUGUAGUAUCAUUUCAUAUAUUUAUUGUUUAUUUUAAAGGCAGCUAAAACUCCCUUGUUUUAUAAAUGUUGGUUUGGAUUCAUUGUUAAUGAAAUUUUCAUUGUUUUGGAUAUUGAAUAGCUUAAAACUUAUUUUGCUUCUUUAUCAGAAAUUUGAAAGACAUUUGAAAUUUCAUUUUAAUUAAGAAGCUUUUAAUAGUGUAUUAUUUGUCCUGUUGAUAGUAUAGUUCAUCUAAAGAUGAAAUAGGAUACAUUUCAGGUAAUACUAAUGCAAAAGAUCUCUGAAACCAUUCAAAACCAUUUUUUGUAUAUUCAUUUAGAGGCUAGAGAUUUUAUACAAAUCCUUGUGUAAAAAGUGUUUUUUUGUUACUUCUAUUGGAUUUAGUGUCAAAUUAGAAUGAAAGUUUGCCAUACUUUUCACAAGAAAAUGUACUUCAUUGUUUUAUGCACACAUUUUCAACAGAUCAUAAUGUUCUGUUUGUUAUUUAAUUUUGAGGAUAUACGCAAUAAUCUCAAAUGUUGUUAAAGUGUUUCCCUAAAAUUUGGGAGGAGACAGUGGUUCUGAUCUGGUUAUUUGUCAGUCUGUCUUUGUUUGUCACAAAUUGGUAUCCGUUAGCAGCAGCAUUGUUUCCAUAAUUAUCUUUCAUAGUCGCCAUUAUCAUCAUCACUGUCAUAGUCACCAUUACCAUUGGCACUGUAAUAGUCCAUAUUCACCAUCAACACUAUCAUAGUCUACAUUAAUCAUAAUCACUCUUGGAGUCAACAUUGCCAUCAUCACUGUUAAUAGUCCACAUUUCCAUCAUCACUGUCAUAGCCAUCAUCACUGUCAUUGCAUCAUUAUUGUCAACAGUCCACAUUUCCAACUUCACUGUCAUAGUCAGUGUUGCCAUCAUCACUGUCAUAGUCCACAUUUCCAUCAUCACUGUCAUAGUCCACAAUUCCGUCAUCACCGUUGGAGUCAAUAUUGCCAUCAUCAAUGUCAUAAUCCAUCUAUGUUACAUCUCUUUCAUGGAUCUGCAGCAAGACAAGAUUGUCAUUACUUUCAGCCUUGAAGAAUUUAUUUGAAAUGAGAUUUAGGAUGCAAUUAUUUUAUUUUUGUUGAUAAUAUCACAUAAUUUCAACACAAAUUGUGUUGAUGUUUGAAUUAGUGUUUAGACCUGUUAGGGCAAAUAUAUCAGAUUGGUCUUUGUUUUUUUGUGUGUCUUAAUGUAAAUAAAGUUGUACAUUGUGUAUGAAAUUUUUCUGAAUGUAAAUAAAAUGUAUAUUUUGUCAGUAUAUUUCUAAUCAGAGAAGUUUUUUAUCAUGACCAAAGUUUAGAAUUUUAAUGUUUAUUGUAGUAUUUUGUUAGCUAACCAGAGCCAAAGGCUACCGGUGAGCUAGUAUGAUCAUAUUGUGUCAGCCGUCUAUCAUCUGCAGUUGUAAAUUUUUCCAUACUUUUACCAUAGCACUUCAAUAUUUUAACUUAUUUCAACAAAUCUCUCUUGGAAGAUAACAAAACAUUUAUUGUCCUCAGAUUAACUGCCCUUUUAUCAAAUUUAACAUGUUGCUUACAAUGUUAAACUUUCUGUUCCUGGAGGCAUAAAGUGUUUGAACUGUCGAUCCAUUCAGUCUUUAUAACCAUGAGCUUUGUUAUUCUUAGCAAUUGGAUGAGUGAUGUUGGACUGUUGUGUCCCUCUAAAGUUAUUACUAAGACUGUUAACAUUAUUUAAUAUACCGUAGAUACCCAUGUAUAAUGCGCACCCCCGAUUUAAGCCCAAAAUCCUGGGGGAGAAAACAUUUUUGGUCAAUUUUGAGGUGGAUGGAAAACGAAAGUAGAGUUUACAUCGACACCGGUAAUAAUUUUUAUCUCUGCGGCGGAGAGCAGCAUCGGUCUCGCGGUACUAACGAUUUUUGUUUUCUUGAAAAUAAAACCAGUAAAUAAUGUUAUAUUUGUUGUUUUACCUUUUUUAGUUUACUAUUUUGAAUAAAUAAAUAGCAGCUGAUUCAAUAUUUAGGUAUGGUAUCUUUCAAAAUGACAUGAGCUUCUCAAUUCAAACCGAUAACAAAAGGUGUGAUAGUCUUUUUGUCACGAUCAAAUAGGCAGUAAUUACCGGCAAUUAACGUGUCACCUCGUGUCAAUUAUGUUGUUCACAGAUUGAUCUCGUUUAAAGAUAAUUCUCGAUCUUUAAUUAGUAUCAUAAUUUUUGUGAUUUAUUAACAUUUCUUUCAUCAAAAUACUUUUAAAUUUAUAUGAAAUUAAUUUUGUUUGAAAGAAAAAUAAACCAUUUGAUCUUUUACGGAACGUAACGUCAAUCUUAGAUUUUAGCAGUGACAGUAAGUGCGGGGAGUAGUUUCCCUUUACCAAAAUGGCGAACAUCGGUAACAAACUUGUUUUGAAGUUGGAAAAUUGUCUAUACCUGUGUAUUAUGCACACCCACGAUUCGAGGGGGGUAAAAAAAAAAACCGCAUUAUACAUGGGGUAUCUCAGUAUUUUGGUAACUUUGUAAGUCUAUUCUUUAACUUCCUUGAGUGAUUCCUUACAUCACUUACUCUGUUUUAUAUCUAGUGUGAGUUGCAAAACUCUGGUUGGUGAUCUAGAUUCUUGUUGAAGAUUUUGGUUUUAGCUCGCCUAUACAAAGCAUAAGGGGAGCUAUCCAACUCUCUCUGGCAUUGGUGUCCUUUCGCAUUCUCACCUUCGUUAAAGAUUUGAUGCACUUUCUCUUUUUAUACGCCCAUCUGAAAGAUGUGACGUAUUAUGGAAACGCCCUUGGCGGGUGGGUGGCGUCCACAAACUGUCCAGAGCAUUUCUUCAUGCAUGAAGGGGUUUUGAUGUAACUUGGCACAAAUGUUCACCAUCUUAAGACGGUGUCAUGCGCAAGAACCAGGUCCCUAGGUCAUCACCCACAUUAUAUGCUACAAGAGCCAUAACUCUUGCACCAAUAUUUCAUGAAUUUUACCCCCUUUUUACUUAGAAUUUCAGGUUAAUGUUUUUGUGCUUUUACUUUAUUGUUGUUAUUACUUAAUGAAUUUGUUUCAAACUUAAAAUUGUUCUUCCACAUGGUCCUCCUCAUCAUAUGACACAAUAAUUCUAGCACAAAUGUGUAGUGACAUAUAUCCCCUUUUACUUAGAACUAUAUCUCUUGUUACUAGGUGGAUUUUAUUCAAACAUAAAAAGGUUGUCCACAUGGUGACCCAUGUUAUAUGACACAAUGUUCAUGAUGCUGGCACCAAAAUGCUAUGAAUUAUGCCCCCUUUUUACUAGAAUUUCAGGUUCAAGUUGUGAUGCACUUCUGUUCUUUCUCACUUAUUUGAUUCAAACUUCAGAAAGUUGCCCCACAUUAUUAGCCACAUGAUAUGACAUGGUGCAUUACUUUUGCAGAAAUUUCCAUGAAUUAUGGCCCUUUUAUACUUACUUAAUGUUUUGAUACACUUCUCUAUUUCUGUUAUUACUAAAAUACAUUUGACACUGACUUAAGUUAUUGUUCAAUAUCUUAAAAUAAACACUCCAGCUUCCUCAGAUGUGCCCAGUUUCACAAUCAAGCAUUGAAAUAGUCUAGCACGCUGUCUCCUGUGACAGCUCAUGUUCAUUUUAUCCGCUUGGCUUAGCUCAGUAGGGAGAGCACAGAUCUACUGGUCACUGGAUCGCAAAUUCAGUCUCUGGGCGAGGUGAAUGUUCUCCGUGAUCAUUGAAAAAGGACUUUUGAUCAUUGAAAAAGGACGUUGUAUCUGAAGCCAUUUGUAUUCCACCAGUGAUUCAUGUUGAGAACUGACAGUUAUUUGUGGAGAACAGAAUCCAAGAACACUGGUUAGGUUAAAUGUCUGCCGUUAUAUAACCAAAAGCAAAUCAUUCUGUAUAUGUCUGUACAUUGGUAGGUUUUUAAAGAUUUUAAACAUGCUUGCAAGAUUUUUAGUCUGUAUAUAUGUAUAAGGCAACAAGAGUUUUAUGGAUUUUAUAUUUCUAUUGAAUUUAACUUUUCAUGCAGUUUCAGUUUUUGGCUUAUCCUGAGCACAAGUGCUUGGGGUGAGCUAUUGUGACCACUUGUCCGCUUUCCUUCAAUAACAUCACCUCUGAAACCAUUUGGUAGAAGUUGAUGAAACUUGGCCUGGAUUUUUAGAUGGUUCUCUACUAAAAUCAGUCUCUUGAAAAAUUAUCUCAGAAACCACUUGCCAUAGACAGAAAUACUCCUUCGAUGGAAACACAUGGCCACUAGAGCAUGUGGUCACUUUUUCCUAUAAAUAUAGUUUUACAUAAAUUUGUUUAAGAAAAACUAAGAAUCAUCACAUUGAGCAUAAGUACUUCGCUUGUAGCAUUGUGUAGUGGUCCACUACCAAGAUUGUUCAAAUCAAUCCCCUGUGGGCCAAAAUUGGCCCUGUCCAGGUUAUACAUGUUAUACUUAAGUAAGGAAAACAUUUGAAAAUCUUUUUCAAAUAAUGCCUCUGGUGUCAAAAGUUUAUCCCUCCCCGAGUAUUGCUUUUAUUGGACUUGUAUAGGAAAAAAACUUCAAAAGUAUUCUUGUGUGAAAAAAAUAAUGCUCUGAGCUUAAAUAUUUUAUGUGUAGUGUUCUGUAAUGAUUCUACACAAAGUUUGUUCAAAUCAUGCCCCAGGGAUACCCAAGGGUAAUUUUGUUUUACAUAGAUUUAUGGUGGAAAAACUAAUCUUUAAAAAUGUUAAGCCAUCCAGGUUUGAUAUUUGGCAUGCAGUUUUGUGUAAUGGUCCUCUUCAAAGUUUGUUCUAGUCAUGCCCCUGUGGUUCAACUUCAAAAAUCUCCUUGUCUAAAACCUCAAGUCAUGCCCCUGUGGUUCAGCUUCAAAAAUCUCCUUGUCUAAAACCUCAAGUCAUGCCCCUGUGGUUCAACUUCAAAAAUCUCCUUGUCUAAAACCUCAAAUCAUGCCCCUGUGGUUCAGCUUCAAAAAUCUCCUUGUCUAAAACCUCAAGUCAUGCCCCUGUGGUUCAACUUCAAAAAUCUCCUUGUCUAAAACCUCAAGUCAUGGAGCUUAGAUAUUUGGUGUGUAUAUUUGGGUAAUAGUCCUCUACAAAGUUGAGUCAAAUCGUGCCUCUGGGGUCACUUGUUCGUUGAAAAAAUCUUCGUCUUAAGUCUCAAAAGUAUAGUUUAGAUAUUUAUGCAGAGGUCCUGAGGUCUUUUGGACUAUAAGCAACAUGAAUCAGGUGAGCGAUAUAGGGCCAUCAUGGCCCUCUUUGUUUAAAAAUCAUCUCAUUAUCUGUUAACAGAUUUUUAAAUUUUUGAGGAAUUUUGUUGCAUUGAGGUAGUUCUGUAUUUCACCAACUUGACGUGAUUUUGCAUGUCUUAUAUUUGUAUGUGACGUGUACAUUAUUAAGCUACUUGCUCACUUUAAGAUCUUUAUCUUACAUAGAAAAUAAAACAGUAAAGCAUUGAAAAGAAAAUGUAUAAAAAGAGUGCACAAACCCAUGUAUAGAUUUGAUUUUAUUCAUCAGGUUAUUAGCUUGACUAUUUAAAGAGCUGUGCACUCCUCCAUUUGCCAGAGCCGAAGAAGUAUAUUUUACUUUUUCACUAAAUUAUACCCCUUGUUUUGGUUAAACUUUUGUGUGUAAGUGGUAUCUCAGUAGCCAGUUAAGGGAAUGGAUUGAAACUUCAUACACUUGUUCAUUACCAUGAUCUGAUAUGCAGAACAGUUCACUGUGAUGAUCUGACAUGCAGUGUACAGUUUCAAUAACUCUUAUUUUGUAUUUUUACAAAAUUAUUCCCCUUCUUUGACUUUGCUAAUUUUUGGUAAAGGUCAGUAUGUAAGCUGAUCCACUAAUGGAAAUGGAUUGAAACUUCACACACUUGUCCAUUGUGAUGAUCUGACAUGCUCUUUACAGGUACUAUAACUAAAUUAUGCCCCUUUUUUUGAUGAUCCUUCAGCGUCAGCUUUUUACUUAACAUCUUUUUCCCUGAUAUUACUGGUCAGAAUUGCACCAAACUUGGUCAGUAGCAACCUUAAUAGGAUGGUCCCCUUUGAUUUGUUAAAAUGGUUUUGCUUGGUUGAUUUUAGGGCCUGCCAGAGUUAAAAAUAGAAAAACCAGUUUACGGCUCCUUCUCAUGAACCACUUGAGGGAUCAUCACCAAACAUGGUCUGUAACAUCUUUACAAGCUCCUCUCCCAGACUUGUUAAAAUGGUUCCACUUCGACUGAUAGGGCAGCCAGAGCUAAAAAUAGAAAGUUUCCUUUUGAAGGAUCAUCAUCACACUUGGUUUGUAGCAUCCCAGUAAGGUCCUAUAAAUUUUGUUAUAAUUUGAAAAUAGUAUAUAUGAACUAACAUUAUGAUUGAUCAGAUAAUUAUCUGAUUUAUAAAGGAAAUAUUGAUUUCAGAUUCAGAUUUUAAAAAAAUGGCUCCAUAAAUUAAUUAGUUUUCAUAAGAUUUUACUUUUGCCUAAUUUUAUGUUUGUUUUCAUUUUGUGCCCCCUAAAAAUGUUUGCUUGUCCGUCCGUCCAAAUCUGUGUCGUUUAUAUCUCAAAAACUAUUUUACCAAGAGUCAUACCCCACAGGAUCAUUAUUAGCUCACCUGAGCACAAAGUGCUCAAAGGUGAGCUUUAGUGAUCGCCCUGUGUCCGUCCGUCGUCAACAAUUUGACUGUUAACACUCUAGAGGUCACAUUUUUGGCCCAAUCUUAAUGAAACUUGGUCAGAAUGUUACCCUCAAUAAAAUCUUGGACGAGUUCGAUAUUGGGUCAUCUGGGAUCAAAAACUAGGUCAUCAGGUCAAAUCAAAGGAAAAGCUUGUUAACACUCUAGAGGUCACAUUUUUGGCCCAAUCUUAAUGAAACUUGGUCAGAAUGUUACCCUCAAUAAAAUCUUGGACAAGUUCGAUAUUGGGUCAUCUGGGGUCAAAAACUAGGUUCCCAGGUCAAAUCAAAGGAAAAGCUUGUUAACACUCUAGAGGUCACAAUUUUGGCCCAAUCUUAAUGAAACUUGACCAGAAUGUUAAUCUUGAUGAUCUUAAGGUCCAGUUUGAAUCUGGGUCAAUUAAGAUCAAAAACUAGGCCACCAGGUCAAAUCAAAGGAAAAGCUAGUUUACACUGUAGAGGCCACAUUUAUGACCAUAUCAUAAUGAAACUUGGUCAGAAUGUUAAUCUUGAUGAUCUUAAGGUCAAGUGUAAAUCUGGGUCAGGUGGGGUCAAAAACUAGGUCACUAGGUCAGAUCAAAGGAAAAGCUUGUUAACACUGUAGAGGCCAUAUUUAUGACUGUAUCUUCAUGAAACUUAGUCAGAAUGUUAAACUUGAUGAUCUUUAGGGCAAGUUUGAAUCUGGGUCAUGUUGGGUCAAAAACUAGGUCACCAGGUCAAAUCAAAGGAAAAGCUAGUUAACACUUUAGAGGCCACAUUUAUGACCAUAUCUUAAUGAAACUUUGUCAGAAUGUUAAUCUUGAUGAUCUUUAGGUCAAGUUUAAAUCUGGGUCAGUUGGGGUCAAAAACUAGGUCAUAUCAAAGGAAAACCUUGUUAACACUCUAGAGGCCACAUUUUUGACUGUAUAUUCAUGAAACUUAGUCAGAAUGUUAAACUUGAUGAUCUUUAGGUCAAGUUCGAAUCUGGGUCAUAUCGGGUCAAAAACUAGGUCACGGGGUCAAAUCAAAGGAAUGGCUAGUUAACACUUUAGAGGCCACAUUUAUGACCAUAUCUUAAUGAAACUUGGUCAGAAUGUUAAUCUUAAUGAUCUUUAGGUCUGUAGGUCAGGUGAGCGAUACAGGGCCUUCAUGGCCCUCUUGUUCAGCAAGGGAAAUUGAGUACCAGGGGUUUUAAUUUGGAUCUGGCAUAGCCAGACCAGAGUAAUGGCACAGUGUUUACUGAUUUGGAAAUGGGGUGGGGCCUUUACAGUUGAGAAAAAUGUGUCCUAAAACACCUGAAUUUGGAAUUGUUAAAAAUCAUAUUUUUAGCUGUACUGAGCACAAAGUGCCGUGACCGGUCAUUGUCCGAGGUCGUUUGUCAUGCAUCAACAUUUGCCUUGUUAACACUCUAGGGGCCACAGUUGUGACCCAAUCUUUAUGAAACUUGGUCAGAAUGUUUGUUGUGAUGAUCUCUAAGUCAAGUUGAAACUGGGUCAUGCGGGGUCAAAAACUAGAAAAACUAGGUCACUAGGCCAGAUCAAAGUAAAAUCUUGUUAACACUAGAGACCACAUUUUAAGUUUGAAACUCAUGAUUAUUGGUCAGAAUGUUUGUCUUGAUGACCUCUUGAUCAAGUUAGAAUCUGGGUCAUGUGGGAUCAAAAACUAGGUCACCUGAUCAAAUCAAAGGAAAAGCUUUUUUAACACUCUACAGGCCACAUUUAUGACCCUUACUUCAUGAGACUUGGUCAGAAAGUAUGUCUUGAUGACCUUUAGGUCAAGAUCCUAUCUUGAUCAUGUGGGGUCAAAAACUAGGUCACCUGAUCAAAUCAAAGGAAAUCAUGACCCUCUUGUUUAUUAGAAUGUCACAUUUAAGAUAAAAAUGGUUGUAAAAUUUAUCAUUUUGCACUGAGUUAGCAAAUUGUCUUGUGUUCCAAAUGUUUAAGGUUUCAUACAUACAGUCUUCUUUGAAAAAAGUUGAAAAAAUGUGAAAGAAUUUAACUUUGGGAAUUUUACCUUUGAAAUACUAUUUGCUAUUGGAAUUUUGGCCCCAAAUUGGCCAGAAAAAAACACUGAUUUAGCAUGAUUGUCUAUGGUCAUUCCCUCCAUUUGUUUUGGAGCAUAAGGUCAAAGGUCGCAGCAUGAUUGAGACUGAAAUGUACACUCCCAGUUAAAAAAGGAAGGGUAAACCUUCAAACCACCUCUGUCAAAACCAUUGGUUGAAUAAUCUUUGCUUAAAAUGAAAACGUGGAAAGAGAAGUUGUUUACUGAUUUCAAACAGUCUGGUUUUCUAACUGCUACACAAUCAAAACGGUUGUACUUGCAUGUCUGCAAGUGAAGAAGAUAUUUCUUGAUAUACUGAUUAUAACAUAUAUGUUCAUGUCUAAUUAGAUAGAUUCAUCCAUUAUUUGAUUCAUCAACCAUUACUGUGCAGUACUUUAAAAGUUUAUGCCUUACUCUAUCACACUGUAUAAAAUAAAACCAUUGCAAUUGUAUGUUGAUUGUUGGACAUUGUAUAGAAUAUAUUAAGUGUUUUCAUUAUUAAAUUAGCUACUUGCAUCUAA